AAUGAGGGCGUUCACGGCAAAACGUCACAAUGUUUACCCGGAAACGAGUGCCUGUGUUAAACUGUUAUGUAGUUUCAGGAUUUCCCGGAGUUUUUCACUGAGUAAAGCUGAAUAUUUUGUAUAUUUUGUGUUUAAAUGAGUGACUCGAUAUGUAUAGCGGACUGUUACCCAAAGAUUUAACAGAAGACGAUCUCAGUCCAGACGAGGAGGAGAAGGAUGAACCAGAAAACGAUGUUGUCGAGAAUCUUUCUGCUGGAAAUUUAAGCCAUGUUGCUGAAAACACAGGCUUUCCGGAUGAUGGUGAAUCCACACAGACUGGGAACGAAGUCGACGAUGAUUCCAGGACAUGCAGCAUGCCUGGAAUAUCCGAGGAGAUGUGGCAGAAAUUUCAGGUGCUCCGGAAAAAGAAAGAUGAAAUUAAGACAACAAAAAUCCACGAAAGAAGAAAAAGAAGACGCAAAAAAGAAAGAAAAUGCGAGGAACCUACAGAGGACAGGCAGCGACAGGACGGCCGGGAGAAGCACUGGAAGGAGCUGAAGCAGUAUUUCGGUGUGAACGAUCGAUUUCAACCCCCUGCCUGCUCCAAGCCGCCUCCGAAGUCCGGCCUGGAAAAGAGCAUGGAGGAGGCCGUCGCUGAAGGGGACAUUGCAAAGGCGGAGGAGAUGAGCGACAGACUCGCCAGUCGAGAGGUACGUUCAGCAGAUAGAUAAGCCAUCUUUGGGCUGCGCCCGCUGUGACAAAUCAAGCUAAUGGAUCCGUGGCCAUUUUCUGCUGCAAAGACAGAGAGGAACAAAAACACACGCAGACAUCCGCCGCUCAGUCCCGCAGCCCUUUUCCUAUUGAGUUAAUGGAAAGCCCUCCCCUUAGUUUUGAAGUGCUGCAGUGUCUAAAGGACUUUUGGCUCUGCUUUUUAAUGAACGGCUGCAUUGCUUUCAAGCCAACUGUUAAAUCAUUCUGCAGGUAAGAGUUUCAUACCUUUGAAGUGUGCGUGUCCCUAAAUGCACUGCCUGAAGUUUUACUGGGGCUGGCGUCGGAGAUCGAGUGGCUUGGAAGUAAUUUAGCAUAAAAUGUAACGCACA